UCGGGUUUCCGCGAGUCGGUCGGUAGUCGUUCGUAUGACCUCGCCUUUAAAUUCGAUCCAACAAACAAAACAAAACCACCCGGCUUAACACACCAAAACAGCUGAUUUUCAACUUUAAUAUUUUCGGUUUAUUUAUGGUUUAUUUCUAUCGGUGAUUUAUUGGCGGGAUUUUGGGGGUUUCUGGCCCGGUUUGUGGUUGUUCCUCCGGGACCCUCGGGUCUAUUUAUUCUGGAGUUAUUAGGUGUCACUAAUAGUAAGAACGUACCCAAUAUGAUGUACGCGGCCGACACACCCCUCUUCUCUGUGUAGCUCUCAUUCAGGCACCACCAUGAACCUACCAAUGUCUCCAAUGAGACGAAGACAUUGUUUUCUGAUCGUGGGGUUCAUUGUGUUUCUACCCUUUUGUUUCUUCAAUUUAUUUUCAGUUCCAGAUGUGACAUCGGAACAGUUUCUGGUCCAACGAAUAGCCGAACUUCAAGUGAAACUCCAGUACCUCGAGUCGAUGUAUAGAUCCAGACAGGAGGACUUACGGAAGCUCUCCGAGAGGGUGGAAUUGUACUCCACAUCAGCGACAGGAGGAGAUAAUUCUUCUUCUUGGGUGAUUUCCCCAAACUAUUCAGAACUGAGACCGGAAGUUACGCAAAUGAUUAAAAAUAUGUCUGGAAUGGUGGCUGCGCAAGGAUUGAAUCCACCAGUUAUGUUGAGAAUGCCCAGUUCGUAUCAUUUUUUACCGCACUUGCUGGACGAUCCUUCUAGUUUAAGGUUGGCCUAUCUCCUCUCAAAAGGAAGAACUGGGGUGUCAGUAGUUCUAGGGGUACCCACAGUAAAAAGGGACAAACAAAACUACUUAAUGGAUACAUUACAAAAUUUGAUAGAUGGAAUGACUCCCGAAGACAUUUAUGACUCUUUAAUUAUAGUUUUUAUAGCUGAGGUCGAUUUAGAAUACGUGCUUUCGGUGGCAAAAGAAAUAGAAUUAAGGUUUUCCAUGUACGUCGAAUCGGGCCUGAUCGAGGUUUUAUCCCCGGCGGCAUCAUAUUAUCCCGAUUUCGACAAAGUACGUAUCACCCUCGGGGAUCCGAUCGAAAGGGUCAAGUGGCGAUCGAAGCAAAAUUUAGAUUUCGCUUUUUUGAUGUCGUAUUCACAACCCAAAGGUACUUUCUAUGUUCAACUAGAGGAUGAUAUAUUGGCGAAACCUCAUUACAUCACCGAUAUGAAGAAUUUUGCUAUUGAGAAGACGUCAAAGAAGGAGCCUUGGUUUGUGUUGGAUUUUUGUCAGCUGGGAUUUAUUGGUAAAAUGUUUAAAAGUGCCGAACUCCCAUGGCUCAUAACCUUCUUCCAAAUGUUCUACAAUGACAAACCAGUAGACUGGCUUUUGGACCAUCUCCUGUAUACCAAAGUGUGCAACUAUGAAAAAAAUAACGAUGUAUGUAAAAGAGAAAAAGCAAAAAUGUGGAUACACUACAAGCCGUCCUUGUUUCAACACAUCGGCACGCAUUCUUCCCUAAAAGGCAAAGUACAAAAACUGAAGGACAAGCAAUUUGGAAAAAUCGCCCUCUUCUUUCCUCACGUCAAUCCGGAAGCAGAAGUAACGUCAGCAAUUAAACACUAUAAGCAAUACACCCUGAAGAGGGCUUACCUGGGUGAGACUUUCUUUUGGGGGUUGCUUCCUCAGCCUGGGGAUCAGUUAACUUUUAAAUUCACAUCACCAAUUCCAGUGAAAAGAUUCCAUUUUAAAAGUGGCAACGCAGAGCAUCCGUCUGACAAAUUCUAUAAUACGACCGUGGAGGUGUUGCCUGUAGAGCUCCCAAGUAAUGCCCCCGUGGUGCUUUCGAAUAUGACCAGCGACGGUUAUGUUGUAGUUGGCAAAUUUGAAAGCUCAGGUAUAGCAACCGGUACAGUCGAUGACAGCUUAGGUAAAAUACAGGCCCUUAGACUUCACGUACACUCCGAUAGCGAUAAUUGGGCCAUCUUGAGCGAGAUCUACAUUCAAGACGAGUUGGCAUCGAGGUGACCAUCGGCGAGUACCAGUUCGGAGGAAAUCGAACCUCUUUACCCCCUGAUCUACCAUCAGAUACCGCGAAGGUACACCUCCUCCUCCAUAACCAGUCUGUGAUAGUUUCGAAGAAACCCCCAUCCCCUAUUAUAUGUUAUUGUUUAAGUUUUACAGAGUAUUUAAAUGUUAUUUACUACUGAAGUAGUUAAGCUGACGUGGUUGGUUUGGUUUAUGGCUUUAAUUGGAUGGUUUUUGCGAGUCUUAUAAUACCUACGUUAUGCCUUUAAUGUAAAUAGUGAUUAUAUUGUUACAUAUGCUCGCAAAUGUAUACAGAUAUUAGAAAUUGUCUUUUAGUUAGUGUUUGGUAGUUAAUUGACCAUCAAACAAUAAGUUGAUAUGUUCAUUUUGGUCAAAGUAACUUAUAAAUAAUCAAAUGGAAUAAAGAACAAUCUUUUUUAUUUAUUGCUUUUUUAAGUAUUAUAAGGUAUUUGGCAAAUAGUUUGCUAAAGAAGAAAAGAAUAAAAACUUUUCAAGAAUUUUAAUUUAAGCACAUCUAUCCACAUAAAGAGGUACAGUACCUCAUUGUUAAUAGGCACGGCAUUUGCCAAAUAACCGCAGAUGUUUCUAUUAUUAUGAGGAAUCACAUUUUACAUACGGAAAUCUCAAGAGAAAUCUCGCAGAGGGUAUUUAUUAUAAAUAUAAUUUAUUGUUCACAAAAAGUUCCUUGUUAAGAUUCUCUGUACCUAGUAAAAGUUAUUACCAAAAACAUUAUUGCGUAGUUCAAAUUCUGUUUAUAGUAAACACAUUCAUAUAAAAAUGUUCUAGUCGACCUAGAAUGUUAAAAUUUUCUGUAUAGAUGCUUAUAGUUAGUAGAAUAAAUUAUUUUUGUAAAUUUUACUGCCAGAGCUCAUUAGUUUUUUUUCGAAUGCCUAUGUGUCAUUAUAAGACCUAUACAAAAGUUUUUUUCAGAUUUUAAAUAGCUCUAUUGGCAACAAAUUUGUAAAAAAUCAUUAACGGCUAAAUGUUGAAAUUCAAAAUAAAUGGGUUCUUAUUAGCCUAAAAGGCUGAUUUAUUUUGUGUACGUGUAACAAAAUUAUUCUCAAAAACAAUAAUACAGUGAAGUAGUUGAUUUUUACAAUUUAAAAUCAGUAUUUUUCAUUUGAUCCAGAUAAUUUUAAAUUUUUUUGUAGAUCCUCUAUUUGGGGUCGCAAAAUAAUCUAUUAAGUUUUUAUUGCAAAGACUUAAUACAUUAUUUGCCUUAAAAUAAAAGAUAUUUCUAAAAAACAUGAAUACACUGGCGUAGUAAAAGUUGUUAUGUUUUUAAAAUAUAAAAAUCAAAAUAAACAUAAUCUUGUUUACUUACAAGCUUGAAAUUUUUUGUUUAUGCUUUAUAUUAUGUAUUAUUCAUAAAUCAUAAAAGUCAUUCUUCAAAAAAUUCACCAAAUAAAUAUUUUAAAUAUAUUUGUUUCAAUUUUAAACACUAUAUGAAGGGCUGAGAAGCCAUGGGGUAUAAGUGUACUGAAGUCAGUUUUGAGAUUUAAAUUUUUUUUAACUUUAAUUUGAGAACUCAAAUUAAAGUUAAAUUGUUGUAAUCAAAUGCAGGCAAAAGUAUGACAAUUUAAACCAGUUUUGUUUUAAUUGCUAGGGUUUAGACUAUCAUAAUAUAGAAAAAUAAUAUGCUUUUUAGUACUUUUCAUAUUGAUUAUUAGGCAAUAUUUGAUAAGUCAUCACUUGUACCCCUUGGCUUCUUAUAGAAAUUAGGAGUUUAAUAAAACAUAGGAUACAAAUAAAUUAGAAAAAUGUAUUUUUCCAAUAAAAGGUGGCUUAACAAAAUACUAACAGUUUGUGUAAAAAUGUCAUUUAAAUAACACUUGUAGAACUAUUCUGAGUCACUGCUAUAAACAUUGUCUUCAUGUUCUGGAUCCUCAUUUUCAUCAUCGGCAGGAUUGUGAUGUCCCUCUUGAACCGCUUCUUGCUGUUUCUGGAUGUUCUGUCUUGUGUGCACCAAACGAUUUCCCUCAUAGUCUAAUGAUCUAUAGAAUUGGUGAUGUACGGGAGGUACAAAUGGUAGGAGGCCAACAAGGUCUUUGUACUUUGAUGCUUUUAUUUUUUUUUAAUUUUGUUUAGGGAUAAGAGAAGGCAAGGUUUUUGGAAUCCUUCCAACAUUUUUUGCAGGCAUGUUGUACUCUAAAAAUGGCAUUUCUUUAUUAAAUGUACUUUUGUGAAACAAAGUGUAAGGACUUUCUUUUCUGAACUGCAGCCACUGCAUGUUUCUAAUACCCUUAACAGCUUUCACAAAAUGUAUGCUUAUGGGAUCCAAAGUAAGGAAGUCUUCAUCCAACAUUUUCUUCACUAAGAACUUUUUGCUAGUUGUGGCUAUAAUAUCCACCCAGUCAUUAGGAACGAAAACACCUCUUUUUGUGUUCCUCUUGGUAUUUUCCACUUUACCAAAGUCUUGGUCACAAUGAUUAUAUGAAUGACCAGUAAGCAAAAAUUUUAGGUCGACAAUUUCAAUCUGCGUUGUGUUUACAACAUACAACCAAAAUUUUACCGUAAGUUGGCUUUUAUUUUGCCCACCACAAUUAUCACAGAAAGCAGUGAGGUGAGUGACCGUAGAGGGCAACGAUUUGAUGUACUGGAUUAAACACGAUACCAUAUCUUCGCAUCCUCUUGAUGCUUGCCCCUCAUGCCAAAGAAACAUAAACGCAUCAUCGGUCCCAAUAUCAUGUACAUUAAAAUUAUACGUCCAUAAUUGCCUUGCACAAUACACUUUUGUACAUGUUAAUACCGGCGUGGGCAACAUUUUUUGAAGAUCAAAACAUAUAGCUUUAUGGGCAAGAUCAUCUUUUACUUCUUUUUUAACAUUAUCCAUUUCUUUUUUAGCACUUUCAGCCUUACGUUCGUAUCGUUACGUAUUCGUUACGUAGGUGGACUUCUUUAGUGAUUGUUGCAGCUUGUUUAGCUUCCAGAUCUCCAUGCUCAAUAGCUAAUUUAAACUUGUCACAAUUAUUACAAGUGUCAGUAUAUGCUCGAUGGAAACUAAGAUUGAAACAUGUAUUAAAUAUAUGCCUAUAGUAAGAUAGAGUAACAGGUUCCUUUCCUUGUUCCGGACAAAAGAUUUUAUCAAAAGUCGGCAUUUAAAUAUUUUCGGUUUGGAGCUUGCUGUCUGGAAUAGUGACUACUAUAUCUAGGGAACAGCAAUAUGUUGUUUGACCAAAUCAGUUUUCUCAACGGUAAUUUUAUUGGUUGGAACCUUUCGCCCUCUACGGUCUCGAGCUGGUAUUCCUGUUCCAGAUUCUUUCUUCUUAGCAAUAAUGUUAGUAACACGCUUAUUUGACACAUCUAAUGUUUUUUAAAAAAAUUCCUUGCAGACCCUUAGACCGCCUAAUAAAUAUUGACAAGAAUGGGACUUUCCACGUACAGUGUUUUCUUUCUUCCUAUGCAGAUCUUCUAUUAUAAUUGCAGAGUUCAAAAAUGAUGAUUGUAAUUCCCAAUUCGCCAGACCCCAGUACUCAUUAAAAAAUUCGUGGCGCUUUUCUUCGCUCAUAUUUUCGCAACAUUUAUAGCGGCAUUCAUGGUCGUAUGCCUGAACUUUUCUUUCAUUGUGUACUUUACCUUUACGGUCAGUGUACUUUAUACCCAUGUUUCGUAGUCUUGAAGACUUUUAAAGUGUUUAAAAGAGUAAGUUUCUGCAUUUAACUCCAUUAUGAAAAAUAUGUGACAUGUAACCCUUAGCUUCUCAGUCCUUCAUAUAUUAAUUCGAUGUUUUAUAUGUAUAUUUGUCAAAACCAACCCGACUGAUAAAUCCGAAACGAAGGAAUUGGUAAUGGUUAUUAAGAAAUGUAAUUAUGUAAACAUACCAAUAAUCAGGCUUAAUUACUAUUUAAUUAUUAAUCAAAUAUAAUUAGGUUGUGCUAGAUAGAAUCUCAUCUCCAUAAAAAGGCGAAAUCUCUGACCAACUCUUUUAUACUCUUUUAUAUUUUUUUAAAUUAUUUAUUCUAAUUUAUAACAAUUUAUUCUAUAACAAUUUAACCACAUCUGUCGAAUAUGUGUUUUUGUGUAUACGGCAAUUAAGAGUCGAUGAUAAAUAUUAUAUAAAAUAAACGGUUUUUAAAUUCAAAGUUUCAUUAUUUUCGCGCAGGUUUUGACAUGAAUUUUGAAUAUAUGGGGUGUAUUUCAUUAAAGUAAGAAGUUUCAUUAAAGUAUCUGAACAUUUUGAGUCACCCCUGUAUAUUCCAAAUUAUCGUGUAAGAAUGUGAAACAAUUUAUGUGGUUCUCCGGAAACUUCAUCGACCGAUUUUGGGAAAGCUAUAAUCCAAAAAAAAACACAUUUUUAUAAAAAAGCGAAGCUCAAUAUAUAAUCUGGUUGUAAAAUAUUUAUAUGUUAUUAUAAUUUUCGGUUUUAGCGAAAGUACGUGCUAUCUAUUUUAAGUUAUUUGGUACAUCCUAUAUAUUAUCAAAUUUUUAAACAUUUGACGCAAAAUUUUAAAUAGUUAUUAAUUAGUUAUUUAUUCUGUCAAAAUGCCGACAAUAGACACACCGUUUUUGAAAUAUGACCAGUUAAAGUUAUAUCUUCCAGGCAGGUGUAGCUAUCCGCCUAACAGUUGGGGUUAUUUUGAUUUAUUGAUGGAAAACGAUGUUCUUUAUUAUUUCUUCCAGAUUGUUUUGGAAUCAUUUUUACUUGAUUUUUUCAUAUUCGUUCCUAUCUUUUAUGAAGGUAUUUUUAAUGUUUGUUUAUUUGUUUAUUUUAGGUCGUUCGAUUCUGAUUAUAAUAAUUUUUUAGCAAUUUGUGAUAAUUCUUUCUGGGCAAUUAAAUACUUUUUCCAGAAACGUUGGUUAUUUUGAUAGUAUAACUAUAUAAUUAUAACUUUCUAAGACACUAUAUGAAAUAUCGGCUAUAGUUACUCAUUAUCACUUAUUAUUUUUCCGAUAGUUUAAAAAUUCUUAAUUUUCUUUUUAUUGUUAUUCCAGUCAAUUCAAAUAAUUUGGUGUUUGAAACAUGGCUCACUUAAGAUCAUUCCCAUUUUUAUUAACUGUUGAUGUUUAAUUCCAUAUUUUACUUUUUUAAUUAAUAAUUUUUAUCUAUACUUCCUCUUCAUCAUUCGUUCAAGUUUUUUUUCUUAUUCUAAGCAAUUCUAUGAUAUGUUGAAGCAUUUAAGAACCGUAGAUAAAUCUGUAUUAGAACAAGUUUCUGCUUAAGGAACGAAACCGUUGGAGAUUAUAGUACAAUAACCUUCUAUGAUCUUUUAAGAGGUAAAACCCUGGGGUGAUUAAAAUAUUAAACUAUCAUUUAAAAAUAUUCGAAUAAGGGCUUACAUACAUAGAGUUUUUUUCAGAAAAAAGUCUUCAUAAGCCUCUUAAUAUUUGUUAAAUAUAUAUCUGCAAUAAACUAUUCAAAUCCAGUGCAACUCCAUCAUGCGUCAUAAAUCAAAAAUGUUGAUGUUGUAGAUAGGACAUGAAAGUAAAAAUCCUUUAGUGAUAUGUUAAACCUUUUCUAAAAAAGACGAUUUUUAAUUCAUAUCUAGAAAACUAUUAGCCAAGGUAUCAUCAUAUGGCCUAAACCAGAAAGGUAUUUAAAGUAGACUCUUCUUAAUUAUAACAAAAAAAUUGACGUCCUUCUUGACAUAAACAAAUUUUAGUUGAUGUAGUUCCCGGAGAAACACCCUUUGUACCUUUAUGUAAAUAUUUUAUGUAAAUAAGUAUAUAAAAAAUCCACGCAUAUUGUUAAAUAAUAUUAAUAUAUAAGUGAAAAAUAUAUUUUUUGUUAAUAAUUUUUUGUUUUCAAUUUACAAGAUUUAACGUGUUGUUUGUUUUCUUGCUAAAAAUGUUAUUUUUUAACCAAAUUUAAUAAUUAUUAUCACUAUAAUAAAUAAAUAGAAAAUAUAUAUCUUAUACUACCAAUAUAUAUAAACGUUUUAUUUCAUAA